ACUUGCUGUAGCAACUCUUCAUUGCUGCAUCGAACAUCCAGACCGAACUCACCUGCCGGCCUUUGCUGCUUCUCAUCGUGCUAUAGCCCUGAGCGAAGUGCAAUCUGUCAUUACAGAGCGUUUUCAGACCGACAGCAUUCCGCUCUUCGCUUUUGCAGGUCUUACUGCAGUGUAUGCAUUUGGGGAGCUUGCCACGAGAAUCGACCAGGGGAGCCCGACCUCUGAUCCAAUUGGGGACGUCGUAGCCUGCCUGGGACUUGCGCGUGGCAUAGGCACAAUUGUCAGUACCGUGAGAGACGAUAUCUUGAACUCCUGGGCAAGUCAAAUGCUAUCUUUCAAUGCGACAGCCGAAUUGGAGUUUCUGCGCAAAACUGGCUCUAAACUCGAACAGACUGUUCUAUUGGACGAGAUUGUCACUAUGCAUACAAGACCAGAGGAGACCUUGACCGUAUAUCUAAACGCUGCGAGGCAGUGCUUAGAGUACAUUCAGCUCCUCACAUUUCAUUCUGACUAGGAUAAUGAGAUCCAUCGUAUCAUCAUGGCCUGGCCGAACCAGCUCAAUCCUCAGUUCCCUGAUUUGCUAGAAUGCAGAGAACCCAUCGCUCUAUUGGUGCUUGCUCACUACGCUAUUCUUCUGAGUACGCGCCGUAAGCUCUGGUGGUUGAGAAAAUGGCCAUUUGAGAUCCUACAAUAG